UUUCCCCCAACUGAUAGGCCCGUCAUAGGUCAACGAUAUAUGCAUACGGUUGAAGGUCACUUUACAACUUUCGAACAUCUCAUUCUCAUUUGCACUCACGUCACACACACAACCAUGUUCACCAACCGUGCUCUAAUUUUAUCCCUAAUUAUCCAAAUCAUCACCGCUGAGACCCCAUGCGAAACUCCUAACGGCCAAGAGGGCAACUGCAUACCCAUCAACCAGUGCCCGUCGAUUUUUGCCCUCUUCCAAAGCAGCAUUUCGAGCACCACUGCCACCUACUUGCGCCAGUCGCAGUGCGGUACUGCCGGUGUGUACCCCAAAGUGUGUUGUCCCCUGGGUUCGUCGCUACCACCGCCAAAAAACGAAACCGUACUACCAGGCAAGACGGACUGCGGGCUCGUCACUGAACCGAAGAUAAUAGGAGGCAACAAAACCGACAUCGACGAGUUUCCAUGGUUAGCACUGUUGGAGUACAAGUUAAAAAGCGGCCGCACUGUUUUCAAAUGCGGGGGCGCUCUUAUCAGUAAGAGAUACAUUUUAACAGCACGGCACUGCCUCCGGAAGAAUUUAAUUAGCGUCCGCUUGGGCGAGUGGAACACCACAUCGAAUCCCGAUUGCAUUAUACAUAAAUUUGGACCGGACUGUGCCCCUCCAGUGAUUGACGUACCGGUGGAAGAGCAAAUACCUUAUGAAGAUAAAACGAGUGCCCAGGGGGAUAUAGGUCUCUUAAGACUGAGUAGAGAAGUGGAGUAUACCGGGUUUGUUAGUCCCAUCUGUCUUCCGACUGCACCGGAAGACCUCACCCAGACGUACGUUGGAAAAAAACUUGCGGUUGCUGGCUGGGGGGCCACCGAAAACGCUACGUCGAGCCCAAUAAAGCUCAAAGUUUUGGUUCCAGGGCGGCCCUUGCCUUUGUGUGAGAUGGGGUUGAGAGAAACUUUCCAAGCGGAUAUAAACUUGCACGAUGGACAGCUUUGUGCUGGGGGAGAAGAAGGAAAAGAUUCGUGUUUUGGGGACAGCGGAGGACCUUUAAUGUACAACCAGAGGAGGGAAUGGUACGUUGUCGGAAUAGUGUCGUUUGGACCCAAAGGUGACUGCGGACAAGCAAACAGACCCGGGGUUUACGUUAAAGUAGCUAAGUACGUGCGAUGGAUAAUCAGCAACGUCAAACCUUGUUUGUUCUACAAGUCCUGUCAAACUCCGGAUAAUCAGCGAGGGCAAUGUAAACCACUCAAAGACUGUUCGUUGUUGUACAACUUGCUAGAUAAUCUAACAAACCAAACGACUACUUACUUAAGAAGAUCUCUGUGCGGUGGCACCAGCAGCAAAACAAAUCCGAACGUGUGUUGCCCCAGGAAGUUACCUCGUUUUGAAGAUGUGGCUAGCGGCUGCCAUACUCCGGACUUUCUGGAAGGAGAAUGUAAACCAAUUAAAGAGUGUUCAGUUUUGUAUUCGAUGUUAGACGACCUCACAGAGCAAAAAGUAACUUUUUUAAGAAAAUCUCGGUGUGGUGGUGGGAGCGAUAACACUAAUCCUAGGGUUUGCUGUCCGAAAGAGCCAAAUUUAAGACAAUCGGCUGUAGCUUGCAAGACCCCCCACAAUAAGCAAGGCCAGUGCAAACCCCUCAAACAAUGCUCGUUUUUGUACUCUCUUCUGGACAACCUCACCAACCAAACGGCAACAUAUUUAAGACAAUCUCUUUGCAAUGUUGACAGUGACAAAACAAAUCCCAAUGUCUGUUGUCCUAAAGACGCCCCAGUCUUCGAACCCCCUGCCAGUAGUGUUGUGCCAAAACCACAGACAAACUUUUGCCGAACUUCCACCGGCCAAAACGGCACUUGCAAACCAAGACAAGAAUGUCCGUCUUUGACUGGGGACGUUCCACGGACACCAAAGUGUGGAAACUCGAGAGUGUGCUGUCCACCAGAUUCCCCUGUGUCUUUGCCACCCAACGAACUCUUACCCAGUAAGGCCGAGUGUGGAAUGAGCACCGAAAGUAGAAUCGUGGUAGGCAAUAAAACCAGCAUCGACGAGUAUACCUGGAUGGUUCUAUUGCAAUACGAGUCCAAAAACGGGACUCUCAGGUUUGGGUGUGGGGGCUCCCUCAUUACGAAAAGAUACGUGCUGACGGCCAGGCACUGCCUUUCGACAACUUUAAAAAGGGUGCGCGUCGGGGAAUGGAACACCACCACGAAUCCCGAUUGUGCCGUAAGUACAUUCGGCAGCGACUGCGCCCCGGAGGUCAUCGACGUCCCCAUCGAGAGACAAAUCCCUUACAAAGACAAGACCAGUUUUCGCAACGACAUCGGCUUGUUGCGACUGCGACGCGAGAUUGAAUUUGGGGAUUUUAUUAGUCCGAUUUGUCUUCCUACAACUCCAAAUGAGAUAGGAAUGUCUUACACAGGAAAAAACCUGGUUGUUGCAGGCUGGGGCAAAACUGAGGCGAAGGUUCCGAGUGAAGUGAAACUCAAACUUGUGGUUCCUGGGAUACCUCUAGCUCAGUGUGUUGCUGGACUUCGGAAAGCUUUUCGCACUGACGAGAUAACGUUGCAGGAAAGCCAGAUUUGUGCUGGGGGUGAAAAAGGGAAGGACACCUGUACGGGUGAUAGUGGGGGGCCUUUGAUGUACAGGGGCAUCCGGUGGUACAUAGCAGGAAUAGUGUCUUACGGGUCGAAUAACCCCUGUGGACAAGAAGGCACACCGUCGGUGUAUGUUAAAGUGUCAAAGUACAUUCCAUGGAUUAUUAAUAACAUUAAACCCUAAUUUAUGUCUAAAACCUUUGAAUAUCUAUUAUUUAUUCAUUUAAUUACUUACUGUACUUUUUUAGUAUAUUUUUUAAAUAAUUCUAAAAAAUUUAAAUAUCAUACUAAAACACAAACAACAUUAUAUGUCGAACCACAUUUUUAUCCAUUAUUUAUUACAUAAA